CAUUAGUGCAAAAAAGUUCUCACUUGUCAGCCAGAACGGAGGGCAAAAACGCUCUGUGAAGUGGAAACGUGGCGAGCGAGUCGAACGAGUCGAGUGGCGUUGGCAAUUGCCGUGAAAUUUUUGUGUUUUUUUUUUGUUUGAACAUUUCCAUUUCCUUUGCUGUGUGCUGAUUUCGUGCGAAAGUCAGAAAAUAAAUUCGCGUUUUUGCUAAGUGUACAGUUUCGUUUUUGAGCUUUUUUGCUUUUGUAUUGCGCAUACAACUUGUUGCGGAUGUAUCAAUUUGGUGCACAUGAAAAACACGCAACAACAACAGCAAUAAUGAGCGCUACUGUGUUGCCUGCGGGCGGUGGCAAAGGAAUGCCGAUACCUGGACUCAUGUGGUUGGUGUUGUUGGCGGUUAUUGUGGGGUUUACGUUGCCACCUGGCGCCGUCGCAUUGACACCAACCGCGCCCACACGCAGUUUCGUAGAGGCGUGUCAAGUGAAACACAACAUCACCUUGCAGGAACUGGAUGAAUUUCCCACCGAUCCGAGUCCGGAAGAUAUCGAUAUGAAAUUCAAAUGUUACGCCGAUUGUCUGCUAAAUGGCAUGGGUUUCAUGAACACAAAUGGCAAAUUGGAUGCGGAGGCAUUGCAUGAAUGGGGCAUUUUGAAUGAUGAAAGCUACGAGAAUAUGCUCGAGUGUAAAGCCGCCAAUGAUAUGGAAGAUGAUCCGUGCGAAUAUAGCUUUGGCAUGAUGUUAUGUGCGCGUAUGCUGAAUUCAGAGGAGAACGACUACAACAGUGACGAGGUGGAUGAAGCGGCGGAGGAGAGGCGUCGAAAAUGAGCGGAUAUUUAUAAGGAAAAGAUCUAUGUUACCAUAGCAUCUGAAUAAAUAGAUGACCGAAAAUUUUUUAGACUCGGUAUUUAAUUGUACAUAUAUUUUUGUUUCUGCGUAAAUAUGAUAAAUACAAAACACUUUACAAACUAUA